AUGGCCAAGGUUACCUGCGAAGCCCCCGUCCAGGGCAUUGUCGGAGGAUACACCGGUAACAGCUUCGCGGUUCAAGCCACCAUCUCUGGCCUGCUAAGCUGCGCCCUGUACAGCGCUCUCGAAUUGAUCCUCCUGAUUUUCACGGUAUUCAGUAGCUACCACGGCCUUUAUUUCUGGAGCCUACUCAUGUCCACAUUGUUGGGUGUGAUACCCGAUGCGCUCGGCCUACUAUUGAAGUACUUCGAGCUCGCUACAAUCUGGAUCUCCGUCACACUAUCAACGGUCGGAUGGACUAUCAUGGUAACCGGCCAGUCACUAGUACUUUACUCACGGCUGCACCUGGUAAUCCUGAAUACUAGAGUGCUGAAAUUCGUGUUAUGGAUGAUUAUUUUCGAUGCUAUUACCAUGCAAAUACCGCAAUUUAUUGCCUCGUACGGCGCAGUCUAUGCCUGCCAUGGGCAUUUUACGCGCUUCUUCAACACCUGGGAGAAAGUUCAGCUUACUGUAUUCUUCGUACAAGAAAUAAUCAUCUCCACAAUCUUCAUUGUCGCGACUACGAAAAUUAUGCGUUUUAAUCCGACGAGAAUCAAACGAAGAUCCAAUAUCAUGUACCAGCUUCUUCUGAUCAAUUUUGUCAUCAUUUUGAUGGAUGUUUCACUUUUGGUACUGGAAUACAUGGGGUUAUUUAUCAUUCAGACAGUGCUGAAGUGCUUUUUCUAUACUGUCAAGCUUAAGCUGGAGAUUGCUGUGCUGUCGCGGCUAAAAUCUUUUGCUCGAACGGUUUACGACCAAAACCCUGAAUUGAGCGGAUUGACUUAA